AUGGCUGGUAAGAAACCCACUCUAGCCUACCAAAGCCGCAAGACAUGUAGCUGGCAGUGUACUUACAGUCUCUCCUUCAACAAUAUAGGCAAGACCGCGCCACGCCUUCUACUCGAUAUCAAGCUGUAUGACCCAGCGCAUGAUCCAGAUACAGCUCGCAAUCUCUUGUCACAGACCCCGCCUAUCUACCCACGAGGCUAUAGUGGCCCGCUCUCGUUCAUCUCACCAAAGGCAUGUCAUCAUGAAUAUGUCUUGAAAGAAGAUCAGUCGUUCAUGGCAGAGACAGAGCACCGGAGGAGGCCAGGCACAUCAUCAAAGGUCUCGGCUAUGUGCGCAAAGUGCCGCUGUCAUCUUCAAGUGGUUGUAAACUACGCCCAUAACUUGGGUUCGUUCAAUCAGAACGCUAAAGGCCAUCUGCAUCAUUUGGUUUACACAUCGGGGCGGCAAAAGAAUGGCUUUUCACCCCCCGAGAUAAAUCAAAGAGGGCAGGUUGCAGAGACAUAUCAUUAUCAAUGUUCCUAUAUAUCAUGCCCCGCUAUGGUGUCAUUACGGAUUCAGUCGCCAAUUUUGGGCCCGGAUUUUGUCCGGUUAAUGACUGAUCAAGAAUUGCUGCGGAAACGGGCUAGAGAGGCUAUUGAAGCAUAUCCCGAGUCCAUGGAAGGCAUGGGUGAUCCGCAGCCGGUCAAUGUGCUGGAUAAUCUACGCCUAUACAUCACGAACGCAUUGCGGAAUCCUCAGCGCAGCAAGCCUAUCUCAUCGGUCAAUAAGAGAUUCAUGCAUUCUUUUGGCGUGGAAGGUGCAGCUUGCAAGGACCUCCUUGAAUCGCUAGACUUCGUUUAUAAUUCGGAGACAGGAGCAUGGCACCCGCCGAAACCGGUUGCGACCUCUGAGAGACCUUACCAAGAUACCUUGUGCAUAUAUCUUGACGACGUGCUUCAUGAGUUGCUCUCCUUGAUCUAUCUCCGACCGGCUUCCGAAAGGAGAGGAAUGCAGAUUCCCGCUACUCCUCCCUCUGCAGUCACUAUGCUUUUCCGCGCGCUAGAAGCGCAAGAUUCUCAAAGAAUUUGGUUUCCCCUCCUCUCCGUUAGUGUACUCCCUUCCGGAAAUGAAAUACCCAAAUCUAACAGCCAUCUCUUCAGUUGCUAUGAGGACCUGGGGGUGGUGGAGGACAUGUCCUCCUCGACAAUUAUCGAGGCAUACAAGCGACAGAUGACCGUUGACCCUGGAAAUUUCCCAGUGUGGUUGAGUGCUCUCAAGGAUAUCGGCUGCUUGCGCGGCGGCGAAGACAAGGAGCUCAUAGAUGCAGCAGUCAACGAAGCUUAUGCAGAUGGAAAAUAUUGCCUCGAGGACAUUGACGCCGCAUAUCAGUACUUUGGUCUCCGCGUUGACGAUCCGAACCUCACCGAUGAUAGCAUCAUUGGCAAAUUUUACGCCUUCGUCAACUCCACAAACAACGAUGUCGAGGCGCGCCGACAGCUGUGGCGAAUUGGUGACUCGUCAGCAAGCGAGGCCAUCAAGUCUGCAGCAGAAGACCGUGUUUCUACUGUCGAGCAGGCAAAUUUCUUCCUAGGGGUCGAGGAUCAGACCCCAGAUGAUUUCGUCAUGACCAUGUACACUGCGAAGGUCAAUGACAACCCGCUCGUGAAAGAGCUGGCGAAACGCGCAGUCGCCCUUAUUGCAGAGUCCCGUAAAUCGGCUGCAUUGACUCAUUUUGUUGAGACCGGAGAGGCGCUUGCAGGUGAAAUGGACAUUGGGGACGCCUAUCGCUUACUACAAAUUCCCGAUCGAACCGCCGACGAUGGCGCGAUCAUGGCAGCGUACACAAUCUGCGUUGAUGAGAACCCUGGUGAUGCAGAGAGGUAUAACCAGGCCCUUGCCAUUAUUGCCAAGGAGUUGGACAGCUCUUCUCUGAGAGAUAUGACCGGUCUCUCUAGCGGUCCUGAUCGAAACAUCAACGAUUGGCCAGUUGGACUGCAGAACAUUGGCAACACAUGCUAUCUUAACAGUCUGUUGCAGUUUUAUUUUUCUAUUCGUCCUUUCCGCGAGAUGGUCUUGGACUUGGAACGCUUCCAAGUUGACCUCGAUGACGAGGAAGGUCUAGCAAAUAAGCAAGUUGGGUCCCGAAAGGUGACCAAAAAUGAAGUCGAGCGAUCUCAGCGAUUCCUGAAAGAGCUUCGGAAUCUGUUCCGUAGCAUGAUCACAUCAUCUCAGACCUCGGUGACUCCCGGCCAGGAGCUCGCCCGCUUGACCUUGAUCAGCCCCGGCAAUGAAGCGGCAAUUCGUCGUCGGUCGACCAUUACUGCUACGAGCCCAAACCUUCUUGGCCAAAUCAAUGGUGCUCCUGUCUUAGGACCCCUUGGGCCUCCACAUUCCCUACCUGUCGGUCAGAUGGAGGAGUUGUCUUCUGAUCAAGCCGACGCCGCUCCUAUUCCGGUUUUGACGACCAACGAUACCAGCAGUGAGGCAACAUUGGUCCAAGAUGAUAACACCGCCGAUCCACUCGGCCUCUUUGUGGACGAUAAGGAGAACAACCCUCCAGACUUGGACCAACUGUCGGACCAAGCAGAGGCGGGAUCCGAUGUGGAAAUGGAUACCAACUCCGAGAACGGUGCAUCGGUGAACCUACCACCGCCAGUCCCUCCUCGCAACCUCCCGCAGCUUGAUCGCGAGAAGCAAUUGAGGGAAGAAGUCGAGAUUGGCGCUCAACAGGAUGUCACUGAAGUCAUAAACAAUGUUCUGUUCCAAAGCCAGUGUGCUAUCAAACCUCGAGGCAUUGGCAGUGACGGUGAACAGAUUGACCAGAUUAAAGACUUAUUCUACGGGCAAACCCGUUCUUACAUCUCCACUGCUAAAGGCGUACGGUCCAAGGACGAACGGUGGUGUGAUAUCAAGGUUGACGUUGCCCAUGGACCCCGCAACAUUUACGAGGCUAUCGAUGGAGCAUUCGACGUCCAGGAUAUUAGUGUGGAUAAUUCCGUGGCCGAGCAAUACGCCUCCAUCAGUCAGCUCCCACCAGUGCUUCAUAUCCAGGUGCAACGAGUGCAAUUCGAUCCAAUCAAGAAAGUUUCGUUCAAGUCAACGAACCAUCUCGAGCUGCUUGAAACCAUCUACAUGGACCGGUACAUGGAUACUAAGAAUCCAGAUAUUGUGAACCGGCGCGCCCAAAUCUGGGAGUGGAAGGCUUCUUUGAAGUUGCUUGAGGCUCGCCGGGAAGAGCUUCUCAGGCCGGAGGUAUGGAACCUGAACGAUGAACAUUUUUGCCUUUACGUAGCUAACGUCUGGCAGGGUGCCGCUAGCGUUGAUAUCGCAACAUUGUUCCGCAAAGUUAGGACAGUGCUUCUGGACGUGGACGCUAUUGGGAAGGACGCCGAGUCCGCAUCCCAGUCCACGCCCGAGUCCAUCGCUGAUUCUCUGGACUGUGAUAUUGGUACGGAAUUCACGGACGAACUUGAAGGUCUUGCUCGAAAGGUCGACGAUGAUCUGCAAGCUUUGGACCAAGAAAUCAAGGAUACAAAGGCCAUGAUAUCUAGUCACUUUGCCGAUUUCCGCACGCUUGCCUAUCGACUGUACGCCGUGUUUGUGCAUCAUGGAUCCGUUUCGUUUGGCCAUUACUACAUCUACAUCUUCGAUUUCGACAAACAGGUCUGGCGCAAGUACAAUGACGAGUACGUCACUGAGGUCCAGGAUGUGGACGAAAUCUUCAAGCCCGGUUCGACCAAUAACCCUCCUACUCCGUACUUCCUGGUCUACGUCAAUGACGACAUGAAGAGCCGUCUGGCAAGUCCGCUCUGCCGUGAGGUGAAUGAGACCAUGGCCGAUCAGUUUUCCGAUCUACUCCCGUUAGAUAUGACGGAGGUGAACGAGACCAUGACCGAGCCUUUCCCCGAUCUAUCCCCGCCCAUGGAGGAUGUUCGGCCCACCUCUCCUACCACCGAAGCGAACUUGACGCCCCCGUCCUAUGAAGAAGCGGCUUCCCUUAAUGGAACAUCAGGUACGGGAACCCUGGGAUCUGCGGAUCUGGAGAACAAUACCUGGCCUGGCCCUCGUCCUGCGACUGACUCGCAGUAA